AUGCGUGCAGUUUCCUUCUUGGUGUUCUUGUUGCUUGUUGAGUUAUGCAAUGGAGGAAUGACCAGUGGAUAUAUAAGAGGAUCUGAUUUACCCAAUGACAUGCCAUUAGACAGCGAUGUUCAUGUAACGCAAGGUAACCAUGAAGGUAAUGGAGUAAUCAUUUCAUGGGUUACUCCGGUUAAGCCCGGUUCUAACACUGUUCGCUAUUGGUAUGAGAAUGGGAAACCGAAAAGCCAAGCUGAAGCAACCGUUAACACUUACCGGUUCUUCAAUUACACGUCUGGUUACAUCCACCACUGCAUCAUCGAUGAUUUACAAGAACGUGUUUCUAACAUCGCUUACAACAUUGUCAAUGGAUUGUGUGAGCCAAUAAUAGAUGAGUCCGCUCUUGUAUACAUAACAAUUGGGGAUGGAGGAAAUUCUGAAGGCUUGGAAACUGACUGGAAUCGAGACCAAGAUGAGUAUUCUGUUGAAGCAGAUUUUGUGUGGUUGCUUAAUCGGUUUUGGCAAGGAACAAAGAAGCAAGAUCAGUGA